CUGUGUUCAGUGUGGUCUGUGCCGAACAGAGGGGCUGCGGGACCGCCGCUGCUCGCAGCCUCUGCCCCUCACAGGCGGGGUCGGGCAGGGCUGGAGCAGCUCCAAACCAGCGGGAGAUUUGACUCUUUAUGAAGCUCAUAAUAACAUCGAAAUUAGUCCUCUGGAGGUAAUAGAAUGUGCGUAAGGUUUCUGGGGAAGUUUAUCCACGUGCAUGUAAGGAGGGAGGUCUGUUGUGUCCCGUCUCGCUGCCAGGAUCCAUGGAUAUCCCUCCUGGCGUUGCCCGGCCCUGGGGAAGGAUGCUCACCACCUCAAAGCCCAAAAUGAGCCCGAGAGAGUCGAUUUGCCGACAUCCCCAGUACCACACGCGUGUGUAUAAAUGCACAUUCUGUUACUCUCCGAGGACUAAUUUCAAUGUUAUUAUGAACUGGACAACAGUCUCAUCUCCUGCUAAUUUGGAGCUGGCUCCAGCCCCGCUGACCUCGCGUUUGAGCUCUGGCUCGGUUUGCCGCACGCUUACGCAGAAGUUGCCGCGCAGCGCUGCGGGAUCCAGGGGAGAGCAAAUGUCAGCGGUGUGAAACGGUUCCCAGUGGCAGCUGAGGAAGGAAAGGGACAGGAAGGAGAAGAAACUUGGAUGGUGUUUGGCAGCUGUGCCUUUGAGGGAUCAGUGUUGCCUCUGAAGGUCUACUAGAUGGAUUUGCAGAGCUGGCUUGCCUUCCCAGUGGGAGUAUUGCUGUGCUGUGCCCUUCAGACAUCUGCUGUUCAACAACCUGCAUCUCACAACUGCACCAGCAACAGCCAAAGAAUAUCCUUCAGCCACUCCUACAAGAUUGACUUGCCCACAUCCUCCCAGAUCAAGGUGGAGGCAGAUCCGUUACAGCAUGAAGACGACAAUGAGGUGCCGCUAGAUCCUGGGGAUGCCGAGGAAAACGAAGAGCAGAAUAUCAUCUUUAGGCACAACAUCCAUGUGCAUGCACCCAAAGGGGAAUGUGAGGCUUUGACCCACAUUAAGGGUCUGCUUGAAAGGGUGGAGAAGCUUGAGAAAGAAGUUGCAGAGCUUAAAGAAGUCUGUAGCCCUCAGAAGUGCUGUGGAGGAAGCCAAGGUGUCUCCCAUUGCAGCGGCCACGGGACUUUCCUCUACGAUUCCUGCAGCUGCCGGUGUGCCGAGGGCUGGGAGGGCAGCGACUGCUCCCGGCCCGCCUGCCCCGGUCACUGCAGCGGCCGCGGACGCUGCGACAGUGGGACGUGUGUCUGCCAUGAGCCGUACUUCGGUGAGGACUGCAGCCAGCAGCUCUGUCCCGAGAACUGCAGCGGCAACGGGAUCUGUGACACAGCCGGAGGGCUCUGCCGGUGCUACGAGGAGUUCAUUGGAGAGGACUGCAGUGAGAAACGGUGUCCCGGGGACUGCAGUGGCAACGGGUUCUGUGACACGGGAGAGUGCUACUGCCACGAUGGCUUCUUUGGCCUCGACUGCUCCCAGGUGCUUGCUCCUCAGAACCUGCAGCUGCUGAACUCUACAGAGAACUCUCUGGCUGUCAGCUGGGAUCAAAUGAUCGAUGUGGAUAAUUACCUCAUUAGCUAUUACCCGUUAGGGUAUGAGACAAUGGCAAAACGAGUCCCUGUGUCCAAAGAGCAGCUCAGCUAUGAGAUGGUGGGUCUCCGCCCCAGCACCUUGUACAAUGUCACGCUUUAUCAUGUGAAGAAGGGGAUUGCCAGUGAGCCCAAGUAUCUCGAAGCAAGUACAGUCCUCUCUGCCCUCAAUGCCAUCUGGGUGACGGAGGAGAUGGAGCACUCCCUGGAAGUGGAAUGGGAGAACCCACCAACAGAUGUGGAUUACUACAAGCUGAAGUUCAGAUCCCUGGUGGAGAUGGAUGAAAAGCAGGUCAUAGUUCCCAAAAGCAAUGACCCUAAGAGCAGACACUUUGUGACUGGCUUGAAACCUGGCACAGAGUACGAGGUCACUGUCAUACCUGUGAAAGACAAUGCAGAAGGGAAACCAUCCUCGGUGACUGGUAGGACUGGCCUUGAUAGCCCAACCAACGUGACCACUGACCGAGUGACAGAGGAUACAGCCACUGUCUCCUGGCAUAAAGUCGAGGCUCCCAUAGACAGGUACGUGGUGAGAUACACCUCAGCUGAAGGGAGCGUCGAGGAAAUAGCGGUGGGGAGUGAAAAUGACACCGUCACCUUACUGCAUCUGAAGCCAGGCAUUGAAUAUGCCAUCCACCUCUGGGCAGAGAAGGGACCCCAGCGGAGCAAGAAGGCAAGCGCCAGAGCUGUGACAGAGAUUGAUCCUCCCAAGAACCUCCGUGUGUCAGAUGUGACUCAUUCUACUGGCGUAGCUACCUGGACUCCUCCUGCAGCUCAGAUUGAUGGCUACGCUCUGACCUGCCGGGGUGACGAUGGCACGUACAAGGAAGUACAGCUGGGUCCUAGUGAGCAACGGUUUGUGCUGGAAGGACUGGAGCGAGGAGUGAGGUAUACCAUCUUUCUGAUGGCCUAUAAGGGAGACCACCAGAGCAGAAAGACAGAUAGUACCUUCUCAACAGUUGGCUUCCUUUACCCGUAUCCUGCUGACUGUAGCCAGAUGCAGCAGAAUGGAAAUGCCUCCAGCGGCGUCUACACCAUUUACCUGAACGGGGACGGCAGCCAGCCCACGCGGGUGUACUGUGACAUGGCCACGGAUGGAGGAGGCUGGAUAGUGUUCCAGAGGCGGAGCACCGGCGAGGUGGAUUUCUACAAACGCUGGAAAAGCUAUGUGGAAGGCUUUGGAGAUCCCGCUGGGGAAUUUUGGCUUGGUCUUGACAAACUGCACAAUCUCACAAGCAGCAGCCACAUCCGCUAUGAGCUCCGGGUGGAUUUGCGGACAGCCAGCGAGUCUGUCUAUGCUGUCUACGACUUCUUCCAGGUUGCCUCGAGCAGGGACAGAUACAGGCUGUCGGUGGGGAAUUACAGAGGCAAUGCUGGGGAUGCCAUGACCUACCACAAUGGCUGGAAGUUCACGACGUGGGACAGAGACAACGAUGUGGCUCUCAGCAACUGUGCUCUGACACACCGUGGUGCGUGGUGGUACAAGAAUUGCCACUUGGCCAACCUCAAUGGGAAAUAUGGGGAAACCAAGCACAGUGAGGGUGUGAACUGGGAGCCAUGGAAAGGCCAUGAAUUCUCCAUCCCUUUUACCGAGAUGAAGAUCCGUCCUCAGUCUUCCAGUAAUGAGCCAGUCCUGGGGAGGAAGAAGAGAGAUGGAGCAAUACCCAGGCCUAGGAUGGGGCUGGGAAAAUUAGGUCUUUGGAGUAUGCUCCAAAACCAGGAUGGGAUCUAUGGUCUGUUCAUGACUUACUACUGCCAAGUAAUUAAGUGAUCGGUCCUGCUGGGCCCUGGCUGAGCAGAGGUGGCUACGGAGCUCUCUCCAAGGUAAGUAUGAAACGCUUCACUGUACUUGGAGGGCUGUGCCUCGCGUGUGGGUGGGCAGAGACUCUGCUGCGGUAGAGUAUCCAAACCCCACUGCGGGGGAAGGAGGAGACUAAUGGAAAGAAGAAAGGAAAGGAAAAUUGCACUUGAAGUGUUUUGCAGGCUCUGUGCUAAAAGCAUGAGAGAGGGACACAGGAAAGCGGUG